AGUGUUUUGUGUUUCUGUGUGUGUGUGUGUGUCAGUCGGUGAGCUGAUCAUCAUCAUCAUCAUCAAAAACAACAACAUAGUACAAUAAAUAUGACUCUUGUUGAAUCAAACAAUAAAGAUAUUAUUGAUCAAACAAAAGAUACUAUGAAUAAUAAUAAUAAUAAUAAUAAUAAUGAUGACAAAAAAAAUGGUGAUCAUAAAGAAGAAGAAGAAGAAGAAGAAGAAGAGGGGUUUAAAAAAGAAAUGAGGGAUUUGGCUGAAAUGUUGUCAAAAUUGAAUCCAAUGGCUGAAGAAUUCAUUCCACCUUCACUUUCCAAUCAUAAUUAUGUUAAUAAUAAUAAUCACUUGUUUCACGUGGCACCGCCGCCGUUGCUUUAUCCGCCGCCGGCUGCCGGAGGUGGAGGUGGAGGUCCACCACCUUUUGGGUACUCCGAUUUCAUGCUUCAAAGUAAUCAAACACAAUUUUCUAAUAUUAAUGGUGGUGGUGUUGGUCUCCCCUCUAGAAGGAAGGGGAACUUUAAUCAGGGGAAACGUAGGAUGAAUAACCGAACGAACAUGGCUCAAAGAGAAGAUGUCAUUAGGAGAACUGUUCAUGUGUCUGAUAUUGAUCAGCAGGUAACUGAAGAACAGCUGGCAGCACUCUUUAUCAACUGUGGACAGGUUGUUGAUUGUCGUAUAUGUGGUGACCCUAAUUCUGUUCUUCGUUUUGCAUUUAUUGAGUUUACGGAUGAGGAAGGUGCAAGGAAUGCACUCAGCUUAGCUGGAACAAUGCUUGGGUACUACCCUGUUAGGGUUCUUCCUUCAAAAACUGCAAUCGCACCAGUAAAUCCAACUUUUUUGCCACGCUCUGAAGAUGAAAGAGAAAUGUGUGCAAGAACUAUCUAUUGUACUAAUAUUGAUAAAAAGGUUACUCAGGCAGAUGUAAAACUCUUCUUCGAGUCAUUUUGUGGAGAGGUUUACCGCUUGAGGUUGCUAGGAGAUUAUCACCAUUCAACUCGUAUUGCAUUUGUCGAGUUUGUGAUGGCAGAGAGUGCAAUUUCAGCUUUGAACUGUAGUGGUGCGGUAUUGGGAUCAUUGCCCAUAAGGGUAAGCCCUUCUAAGACCCCAGUUCGUCCACGUGCACCCCGCCCUACCAUGCACUAAUCGAAUACUAAUCCAUCUCCUCAGCAAUAUCUAAAUAUACACACAACCCUGUUAUGUUUCUGGAGUUUGUUGAAUGCAUUCGAGGUCCUAGUACCUGUUUGAAAUGUAGAGUUAGGAUGGAAGUUUGAGGCUGAACUCUGAGUCUUCUUAGGUACUGGUUUGUCACUAAGAACUGAGACGGUUUCUAUGUUUUCAUUAUGAAAAAUUGUUAUUUAACAAGUGAAA